CUGUUUAUACAACCAUAUAAAACUAUACUACAGCCACAAUACAGUUAUACAGCAAAUUCCAUUAAGAUGCAAUGCCAUCUUAACGGUUUAAUGAAUGCUUUCGUAUUGAUCGCUGCCCUUUAAUACAAAUACAUCCCAAACGACAGCAACAGAGACCUCUUCAGUUUCACACUGCCAAGCAAAGCAGAUUCUUCUGAGAACGACGGGUGAAAAAUAAUACGGAAGACUACCACUACCCAAUUAAGAUGCAACAACAGUCCUCUACAGCCAAUUUUUUUCCACGGUUCACACAAUGGAGCCAAGGGCCUCCCUUAUUUUUAGCCCUAUCCCUCCCGACUGCACGCGCACAAACUCUCGGGGUUCCGAUUGGUCAGGCGUGGGUUUCGCGUCCUACCGCCUUCUGCGUGUUCCUAUGCAAAUUGCAGGGAUUGCGGAAAUAAACAAAGGCAGCUGAAUCGUCUGCAACUUCUGCAAAGUCUAACAAUCCUAGCGUUUGCUGCCAGAUAGUCCGAGAUCAAGCCAACUAGUCAGCCGGCCAAAAUUGGACCGCUUUCAAAACGAGGAAGCUGCUAGCGCAGCUUUCUCACUUGGAGUAAAAGAAAAGCAGUAAAUAGCCAGCAAUUCCUCUUCCGGGUUUCUUUCUUUUUUUUUCAUCGGCCUCAAGUUUAUUAUAUAUUAAAAAGCCCCCAAACGUGUCAUCAAAUGGAGCAAUUCGUCUCAACAUUUUAAAGUUUCUCACGUACUUUUACAUGACAAUGGAUGAGUUUCAUCCCUUCAUUGAAGCACUUCUGCCCCAUGUUCGAGCGUUUGCCUACACAUGGUUCAAUUUACAAGCCCGAAAGCGAAAGUACUUCAAGAAACAUGAAAAGCGUAUGUCAAAGGAAGAGGAGAGAGCAGUGAAGGAUGAACUUUUAAGUGAAAAACCUGAAGUGAAACAGAAAUGGGCAUCCAGACUUCUGGCAAAGCUUCGGAAAGAUAUCAGACCAGAGUAUCGAGAGGAUUUUGUUCUAUCCGUCACUGGGAAAAAAAAUCCAUGUUGUGUUCUUUCAAAUCCAGACCAGAAAGGCAAAAUGCGAAGAAUUGACUGUCUGCGUCAGGCAGAUAAGGUCUGGAGAUUGGACCUGGUUAUGGUCAUUUUAUUCAAGGGUAUUCCACUUGAAAGUACUGAUGGCGAACGCCUUGUAAAAUCCCCCCAGUGCUCUAACCCAGGGUUGUGCGUGCAGCCUCAUCAUAUAGGAGUUUCCGUUAAGGAACUCGACUUAUAUCUGGCAUACUUUGUACAUGCAGCAGAUUCAGGCCAAUCUGAGAGUCCCAGCCAACCAAGUGACGUUGACGUUAAGGACCAGCCAGAGAAUGGACAUUUGGGCUUCCAAGAAAGUUUUGUCACGUCAGGUGUUUUCAGUGUCACAGAGCUAGUUAGAGUGUCACAAACGCCAAUAGCAGCAGGGACCGGCCCUAAUUUCUCACUUUCAGAUUUGGAAAGCCCUUCGUACUACAGCAUGAGUCCUGGAACAAUGAGGAGAUCAUUGCCUAGUACAUCGUCCACCAGUUCUACAAAACGCCUCAAAUCUGUAGAGGAGGAAAUUGACAGCCCUAGUGAAGAGCCAUUUUAUACCACCCAAGGGCGUUCUCCAGGAAAUGGCAGUCAGUCAAGUGGUUGGCAUGAAGUAGAACCAGGAAUGCCAUCGCCUACAUUAAAGAAGUCAGAGAAGUCUGGUUUCAGCAGUCCCACGCCUUCGCAGACCUCCUCCCUUGGAACGGCAUUCACACAGCAUCAUCGGCCUGUCAUUACAGGACCCAGAGCUAGUCCGCAUGCAACACCAUCACCUCUUCAUUUUUCAGCAUCGCCGAUUAUCCAGCAACCUGGACCAUACUUCCCACACACAGCAGCAGCAAUCCAUUACCACCGUCAAGAGACCUUAAAAGAGUUUGUUCAACUUGUCUGUCCUGAGGCUGGUCAGCAGGCUGGACAGGUGGGGUUUCUAAAUCCCAAUGGAAACAGCAGCAAGGUGCACAAUCCAUUCCUUACUUCGCCAAUGUUGCCACCACCGCCGCCUCCACCUAUGGCUAGACCUGUACCUCUGCCUGUGACAGACACAAAACCACCAACUACAUCUACGGAAGGAGGAGCUGCCUCACCCACUUCACCCACCUACUCGACACCUAGCACUUCCCCUGCAAACCGAUUUGUCAGUGUUGGACCACGGGAUGGAAGCUUUGUAAAUAUCCCUCAACAGACACAGUCUUGGUACCUGGGCUAAGAACCACAAUUUCCCAUCACUCACUUGACAGACCACCUGACCCCUUCCCAACUCUGUAGCGUGGAACUAUAUGGCAUCCUUACAGUUAUGUCACAUCAUGGGGAGGGGUGAAAGAGAGAUUAACUGCAAAACAAGAAGAACGAAUGUCAAGUUAUAUGGCUGAAAGAAGAAGAUCACUCACUUUUAAAAAAAUCCAUUUUAGGGCCUGAUUCUAAUUUCUUAUAACACAGACACUGGAAUAGUUGGGCUUCAUACUCUUUGAAGUGUUUCACUUGUAGAAUAAACAUUAGGUGAUACUGGAUAGAGGUAGGAUUCUGACGCUUUUUGACUUGCUGUUUAUGACACUUUUGUGCAGCCCAAUCAUUUCAGAUAGUUUUCAGCUGCAAACCUACACAGGUUCAGUACAUGCUGAAAUGGAUGAAACACUUACACAACGACUUCCAAGUUCAUUGCUGAGUUUUGCAACAUGUACAUUUACAGAAUGGACGUAGACGAAUUAUGCUUUGUGUGCAUACAUAUCCGAAAAUAGUACUCUUCUUUUUCAGUCAGCAGAUAAAUUCAGCACCCAUAAUUGCAAAAUCAACCAGUUUCCUGCUCAAGCAAGUUGCGGAGAGGUAUGUCAUAUUACUCACUGAAAGUUUUGAAAUGCUGCACUCACAAAACAAUUUUUUCAACAAUUACACAAAAUUCACUGAACACUGGGAAAGAUGGUCUGUUUUAACAGAACUGACAGGAAUCAAACAAUCGACUUUUGAAUUGAGUAAAGUGCAAUUUCAUUGGAUAGCUAAAUAUCUUUGUAAGAUAGAGAUUGUUGAAAAUUCUAUUUUUGUUUUCCAAGUCCUCCCACCCCAAGGACUCUAAAUUAUUGGGGUAAAACAUAGCCUUGCAAGAAAAAGGGGAGCUAUUUUUGCUUUUUGUGUUUUUUAUUGUUAAACUUGUAUCCCUUUAAAACUGAAGGAAAUGUAAAAAAAAUACAGAGCUAAUGGUGCUUUUACCACACUAUGUUAACUACAUUAAAAUGCUAAUCAUUUUUCUUUUAUCAAAGCACAUAAAUGAAAAAUGUACAUCGCUGUGUUAAUUUUUUUGUAAUAUAAUAUGAAAUAUUGCUAUUAAUAAGUAAUGCCAAGUCUAACAAAAACAACAUUUUCCCACAAUUUAUGAGUUUCAAAACACUUCAGUCCCAUGGAAUAGAAUGUGAUCCUGAAUGGAGACAUCGUUGUGCCUACGGCUGGUAAAGAAUAAGGACUACUUAGUAUCUCAGUCUGUAUAUACAGCUGAUAUCACAUGAUACAGCUUGUGCCAGACUAACAGAAUGGGCAUAACAUCAAGAGAUCUCAGACCAUUAUGACUCGUAAUGUCUUUAAAAGCAACCUAAAUAAUUUUUAUACCAGAAAGCGGAGCAAAGUGUUGCUUCGCAUGCAAUGUUAAGAAGGUUUCUUUUACUAUACAUAUAUAUAUAUAUAUAGAUAUAUAGAUAUAUAUAAUAAACAUUCUGGUUAGCUAAUUAGCUGUUCAGAAAAAAAAGAUCUGCAUGUUAUAGUGUUAGUAACUAAUGUUUCUAUAGGUAAUUUAGGAUAAAGUAGAGUGCUUUAAGACACAACAUUGUAAUCCCUAUUCCAGGCACCUGCCUUUAAAUUGUACUUGUCUAGUCCUAGUGACGGGUCAUUUACUGCUGUCCUAUACAAUCAAAGAACUAAAACCCUUAGGAAAAUACCUUCUUUCUUAUCUUCUCCCUGAGAUAUCUUUCUUGAUUUGCACGAAAAUAAAUUCCUUAUCAAUGUGCCUUGCCCUGGAUAGCGAUUAUUUGUGGAAUUGUUGCACAUAUUCCUAUACUGAAAAGGGGCUCUCCCUAGUCAAGCAAUUGGAGACACUUUUGUAAAUGUGACUUUUGAUGUCAGCCAUUGUCAGUUUCAAAAUCUAGAACUAAAUAGAAAGUUAGUUGUGCCGCAGAUAGGAAUAGAGUUUAUUGUCUUGUAUGGUCAGUGCUUUUCCAAGGUCUGUAGAUGAUAGAGUAUCAGUAUUUUUUGGAUGUUGCUGCAUUUUAAAUUUUAUUUGGAGUCUUCCUUUGUUUUCCCCAGAUAUAUGAAAAUAUGCAAUACCUGCUUUUAUCAUGUAGAGAUGCUUAGCAAUUAUUAAUUUUUCUUUUUAAGUUUUUUAUUUGACCAAAGUUGGUGCUGCACUUGACGCAGUGUGUUUUAGGUGUUUGUCUUUUGUAAUUUUGUGAGAUUGAAUGCACGCACAGGAAGGGCUCUUCUUAGCGAAGCAGUCAGACUGUGAAGCACUAAGCUGAACCCUGCUUUGAGGAUUUUUUUUUAACUGUUCCUUUCACAAGCAAGCCUUAAUGAGUACUUCCUUUUCUUCAGAUCCCACACCCAUUUUUAUUAGCAGAUUGCAAUCAAUCCACAUGUAAUAAAAAUUAUAAUGCCCAUUUUUAUAUGCACGUUUUUAAACUUCCGAGUUCGCAAAUUGUUUACUGAGUAUAUUUAAAAAAAUGUUAAAAAAAGCUAUGAAAUUUCAUAUGUGUCUGAUAUGUGGUUCAGUAGCUGUUUCACUAUAUUGUAUUGUGUGAUUGUUAGUGUAUGGUGUCACUUCCUGUAGCCAGCAUCCUUUGCCUUCCCUAUAGCACUUAGCUGGGCAUUACUUUAUGACAUAUGUGCACUAAAAUAGCAGCUUGCAGUGCUUCACAGUGAAGGGAAAAAGCCUAGACAAACAUUUUUGUCAGAACCUUGCAAAUUGGUUGUAUAUACGACAAAAUUGCACCCUUUUUUUAAAAACAAAAAUAAGCAAUAGUUUUGAGCAGUCUACUGUUUAAGUAACAGUAUUUUAAAUGCGACUGCAAAGAAAGACUUGAGCUGCCCCCACAAAGCAUAUUUGUAAUUUGUAUGUUGUAUAGUUUCAAUGAUUAUACUGAUUUAUUCAACCCUAUUUUGUAAUGCAGAACUUUUGUAACAUUGUUUAAAUGAGGAAAAUUUUCUGUCACUUUAGCUUAGUGAAUUUUCUGAUUGUUUGUUAUAAAGACAGCAUUUGUAGAAUUGCUUGUUUUUUUUCUUUUGGGAACUGGAUUUAAGUUAAAAACUUUCCUGUUUCCUUUUUGUAUGUAUUUAAGUACAGUUAUUUUGUUUUCUUCUAAAUGGUAUGGCUUAUUCCUAUACUUGAAAAGUAUAGGCUACUGAAGAACCAUUGUAAAUGGACAUUACAGGUAUGCUGUAUUCUGAAGGUAUUUUUGUCAUAUCAAAUGUGAUGAAGCUAAAGCUAGGGAAAUACAAAAUAUUAGCAUAAAAUGUUUUAAAGGCUUUAAAACAUUGUUAGAUAGGCAGAAGUCAAGGAUGUUAACCGUCAGGGGGUGUAAAGUAUUAAACACACUAAGUUAAUUUUGUUCACCUUAUUAUCAUGCAGAAAACACAGCAGCAUAUACUACAGUUCAGUUCUUUUUAGUUAAGGAAAAGUCAUUUUUUUCAACUGAUAGCAAGAAAAGUAUGUGACUUAGCAGAUUGGGGUGUGCAGUCUGACUUGCAAAAGUAAUGCACUCUAAUUAAUUUAGACAAAGAAUUGUGCUUCUCAGCAAAAUUUUACAAUUUUCCACCUUUGCAGCUGUUGGCAGUCAGUUGUCAGUUUUAUGUUCCAUAUGUAUAUAUUUUAGGUAAUGCCGAAAGACAUAAACACUGAAUUCUAAAACAUAUAGCAUCUUUUGAAAUGUGGGAAUUUUUUUUUUUGUUUGCUCAUAUUUGCAGCAGACAGCCUGAACCUUUUAGUUAAGGCUGCACACCCCAGCAAUACAGUAAUUUAUUAAGUUUUGGUUUCAUUAAAGAUGGACCAUAAAAAAAAAAAAACAUAAUGCCACUCUUCCUUCUUUCUUUUCUGAGCUUCAUGGAUAAAGGAAAAAGGAACUGUAUUAACUUUUAAUUCCCAGUAUUUAGCCCACAGAAAUAUGCAAGCCCUUAAAAAUCUUUCUUUAAUCCUUUCCCAAGAUAUUUUGCAGCUUUGUAGUAGGCGGUGUUAUUAAAUAUGUAUACUUGACAAGAAAAUAUACAGUACAUAGCUUACAACCGUUUUUUUUUUUCUUGUGGUGAUUUUUUAAGAAUGUCAUAUAAUAUUAUACUUUGCAUUGUGUCUCUGGAAAUAUCUUUUUAUAGAAGGCCUCCAAAGAACAAAGUGGUAACUUAACCAGCAAAACAAUAUAAGGAGAGCUUCAGUGACGUGGACUUCAUAUGGUCUGUUGUAGACAGGCUUUGUGAAGUGGAUAUUACCUGCUUAGCAGGGUCCUUAGAAGUAAAAAGCUUACAGUGCCAGGUUUGUCUUGAUAUUACUGCUAACAGUAUGCAAGCUAUGCCAUCCUUAAGACCCAGGCUGUGCAGUUACCCACAUAGCUUACAUUUUUUUUUUAUUAAUACAGCAGGUUGAAAUGGCUUAGGUACACAACAGGUGACAUUGAAGCUGUUCCAUAGUACUCAACUUUAGUAAAUACUGUGUAACUAAUUCUGUAGUAUAUUUGUUGAUUAAUGCAAGUCCAUUAUAUGGUGCUAUUACAGGCUGGCAAAGUACUUUCAAAAAAUGUGACAACUUGGGCUCAUUUCACUUUGCUUUCUGAUGUAAAUGCAUAGCAGUGUUUUAUCUGCAUGAAAACUAUGCACUAAUCUAUUUGAAAAAAAAUAUCAACUUUGGUAUCUACUUUGCGUUUACUUCAAUCCUUGCCUUUUUGGUCAUUGUUAUAAUGCCAGCUUUAGGAGGGAAAGAAUUAUUAAGAAAACCAGCAUAAUACCUGAUAUGUUAAAAUGUAGUGCCUGUGACAUCUGUAUUAUAUUGCUCUUCUGAAAUGAGAUUUUCUACACCGGUAGCCUUCGCUGUCUGUCAGAACCUUCUGAUGUAGCUGAUGUAAAAUAACCGUGAAAUAUUAAUGCAUGCUAUUCCAUAAUGCUUAGUGAGUUGUAUGAAUAUUACUCAGAGUUAUGUUAGUCCUUUUUUGUUUUCUGACUUGGUUCUUGUCAGAUAGAUCUAAAGAUAUUUCACUGAGAACACAAAUUCUGUCUUUCUUGAUUUUGGGUGUUUUCAGUAUUUUGGAGAUAUACAUUUAUUUCAAUUCAGUAUUACUGUUUUUUUCAUUUACCUGGGAUGAACAUGGGUUUCCAACUUGGAAAUGAAUGCCUGUCUAAAUUAAAAUUGUAAUUCAUUGUUCCUGUAAAUGAGUACACAUAUAGUAUCAGAAUUAUUUCAUGAAAUAGAUCAUACUUACAGGUAUGUUAUCAACUGAUUUCAAAUUAGAAAACGUAUUGAACAGGUAACAUUUUUAACGUGGUGCCCGUGGCUGUCCUUUCACUUCAGACCACUUCUUUAUUAAAAAAAGACAUGUGUCUUAGUUUUAUGCAUAGUUAAAAUAUUUUCUUUUUCUCAAGCAAAAACUCUGUACAAACUUUGUGCCUCUAGAACACCUGUAAUUACUCUCAUGGUUACCUUAGUUUUAUUGUGUUCUGUGAAAGUAUGUCAUUGGUUGAGAAUCACUGUGGGCAUCCGCCCUUACUCAAGAAGACCUUCAAAGGUUUUUUAUUUUUUGAGCUGGUGUGGAUUAUUUUAACUCUUGUAUUCAACCAUUAGUACUACCACAUUCUCACAUUACAAUUACUGGAAGCAAGUACUGCAUUUCCUAUGCAACAAAAAGAGGAAAAUAAAAAAUUGCUAAUGCUAA